CACACACAAAACACAAUGUAGUUGGAGCUGACUCUGUGCGUUGCUGCAUUUUGUUAUCUUUAUAGAAAGUAGUAGACUUGUAUAGAUUGUAGCUGAAGAUCUAUAUUUGUAUUUCUGAGCUUCUCAUUCAACUGAGAGCAUCAUGUAAUCAGCUAUGUUACCAUUUCAUCAUGACGCUCUAAGUAGCAGGAGAUGUGAGUUCUUUAUCCUAUAUCCAAGUUACAUAUCAGAACAUACAAGACAAAAGGAUGUGUGCAUAUUCCAAGAUAGCUAUUUUAAAAUGUUUUUUUGUUGCAUUGUGCUUCAUUGCUAUAAUAAGGGUAUCCAUUUAUUUUUAUACCCCCAAAAACAAAAAGACAGAAGCAUAUUUAUUUGCAGUCAAUGACACCAUCACAUCGUUAAAAAACAACAAAAUUAUCAUUGUAUCAGCUUAUUAUGACAAUCGAGAAGGCAACAAUGUCCGUAUCAUUUCUAUUCUACAUGUUGAGGAUAUUAAAGAGCUUUAUUGUUUCUUUCACUGUAGUAUGAAAACUCAUAUUCCUGUGCAAGCUCAGCUAAACGUACCCUCCGAUAGAUUUGGAUUCACUUAUAGUGCCGUUGAUGUGCUCUGUAGAGUACCACCUUCAUGUGAUUCCAAGUUUGUCUCUGUUCACUGGUCUACCACUGAGAACAUAAGUUAUAUGCCAAUGUUUGAAAUUAAGAAUCGAGACGUCAAGAACCAAGGACAUGGGAAAUUUACUGUUGACUUUACAAUCUGUAUCUCGACUAUGUAUGGGAAUUCCACCAAUAUUUUGCAGUUCAUACAAGCAAUUGAAAUGUACAAACUUCUUGGUGUACAGAAAGUUGUGAUCUAUAAAAAUGGCUGCAGUGUACCCAUGGAGAGGGUUCUGGAUUAUUAUAUAAAGGAAGGUGUACUGGAUAUAGUUCCUUGGCCACUCAAUAAGUAUCUGAAGACAUCUGGCUCCUGGCAUUAUGCUAUGGACCCCACAAAUGAUAUUGGCUACUUUGGACAAUUGGCAGUCCUUAAUGAUUGUAUGUACAGGAACAUGUACACAAGUAAAUAUGUGUUAUUUAAUGAUAUUGAUGAGAUCAUUUUGCCAAAAAUACACAAAGACUGGAAGGAAAUGAUGGAAUUCCUAGAGAAACAAUAUCCAAAUACACCUUCAUUUCUUAUUGAAAACCACUAUUUUCCGAUUCACAUCCAGGAUUCUACAUUCAAUAAAACCUUUCCUAUUACCGUACCAGGCAUUAAUAUUUUACAGCACAUAUAUUUUGAACCAGAACAGGAAAAUGUCUAUAAUAACCACAAAAUUAUAGUGAACCCAAGAAAAAUCAUACAGACAGCAAUUCACUUUGUAUUAAAAGCUUACGGAGACAGCGUAAUAGUGCCUGAUAAUAUGGCAAGUCUGCACCAUUGUCGAGAAGGAAAGCAACCAAAUUUGCCAUUUACAUCGCUUAUACGAGAUACAACAAUAUGGAAAAAUAAUGUUUCUUUAAUCAAAAAUGUAAAGAGUGUUCUCAGGAAUGUCAGUAACAUUGAAUAAGCUUUUGAGUGUGUUGCUGUUGUAGGUAAAAAAAAUUGUGACCCAAAGAAAUAAAAAAGUAUAAAUA